AUGCCUACCAUCUCCGAAAUAGCAGCUCGAUUGGAAGAAGCAAAUGCAAGGGCUUUCAACGGGAGACGGCUAGACAGAGCUGCCGCCGAACGUCUAAAGCUCAUGGCUGAGGAGGGCAACGUUAGAAACGCUGCCGACGAACUUGAAAUUGAUCUCAACGAAGGCAAUAUCGGGCCAGAGGCCGACGAAGUUGCGGGUACCGUCCACCUGGAUGCUGAAGGCAGAACGUACGGCAUGACCAACGAUGAAGCACAAACAAUUGCAAAGUUCGAGAAGUCUUGCAAAAAGGUCGAGAAAACCCUCAAGGAGGGGCCACUAUGGCGCCCCACCUCCCAAGAUUGGUGGGCAAAGAUGCGCACUAAGUUGCGUCAGGGCGAAUUUCGUGAAGUUAGGGAGGAAAUCUAUGGCGAGAUGCAGAAGUACUCGAAACACACAGUAGCAGGCGAGGUCGACUAUGUGCUAUCGCUGCAACAGGUCUACGACCGAAUCUAG